CUCUCACCCUGAUAGUGCGAAUCGGGGAGGGCAAUCUCUUUAAAUUAAAUACUGUGUGUGCAGCAACCUCUCACCCUGAUCGUGCGAGUCGGGGAGGGCAAUCUCUUUAAAUUAAAUACUGUGUGUGCAGCAACCUCUCACCCUGAUAGUGCGAAUCGGGGAGGGCAAUCUCUUUAAAUUAAAUACUGUGUGUGCAGCAACCUCUCACCCUGAUAGUGCGAAUCGGGGAGGGCAAUCUCUUUAAAUUAAAUACUGUGUGUGCAGCAACCUCUCACCCUGAUAGUGCGAAUCGGGGAGGGCAAUCUCUUUAAAUUAAAUACUGUGUGUGCAGCAACCUCUCACCCUGAUCGUGCGAGUCGGGGAGGGCAAUCUCUUUAAAUUAAAUACUGUGUGUGCAGCAACCUCUCACCCUGAUCGUGCGAGUCGGGGAGGGCAAUCUCUUUAAAUUAAAUACUGUGUGUGCAGCAACCUCUCACCCUGAUCGUGCGAGUCGGGGAGGGCAGUCUCUUUGGACUCUGUGCAGAUUGCUUCACUGUGCGCAGACUCUGCCAAAACGAAAUCACCAUUUUAACAAGGGGGACGGGCUGUCCUCUGCAGUGCGCUGGUGUUAAGCAACACAGAGAGGCUCAGAGAGAGAUACAUAGUAAACCAAGGAGCUGGGUGCAAACACACAAGACACGUUUCGGUGUGGAAAAUGGCAGAUUCAACGCAGUCUGAAAAGAUAUCGUCCUCGCACGGUAGCGACGGUUUCGUUGAUGCCUCCGCCGGACAAAAAGCACCUUCCCCGGAUAAAGACUCCAAGUCCACCCCACAGGCAGCGUCCAUCGAUUCCUUUCUUUCUUCUCCUCAGCCUGUAUCUCUCAUUCAGUCUCCUCAAGAAGGAAUAAAGGGGAACGUCUCCAAUAAGCCUUCAGAAAGCGUGGCGACUUCCCUCCGGUUUCUAUCCCAGCCCGGCUCAUUCGCUCCUGUGGUCUUCGAUAGCCACAGCCAAGCUUUGGGCGACAAAAACCUUCCUGACCCUCCAAUGGAGCUCAAGGAAGCUACGGAAAUAGAGGAAGUCCCAGGAUUCAGCACUGAUUCUGGGAUCGAAGCUGUGUCUAGCGAGUCCUCUCGACAUGUCGCUCCCAUAUCCGGAACAGAGGUGACGUUCCGUGCUUUCAGCAACCUUGGCCUGAGCUCUUCCCCGGAUAAAGUUCAGGAAAAAACCUCUGAUGCAUCUCCAGCCAUGAAGGUGCAAGAACGCAGCCAGGGCGUGUUUUCACGAGGACAGACCCCAGAAGAACCCAAAGUUCAGGGCAAGCCGGCAGCUGACAGCGAGACGUGGGGCGACGGAGGUUUCAUGCUGUUCAAAGAAUGCCAUUACGAGAGAUCUCCCGUCAAAGAGAGCACCGAACCAUUCUCUCUGUUCAACAAAGACCCUUCCCCGGAUCAAGACUCGCCCGACUCCCCUUUCGAAGUGCUCGACGACAGCCAGAGAAAGCACAGCUUCGGGAAAGAGUUUCUGGAAACCAUGACGUCAGACUGGGUCCCAACUCGGAUCGCUGCAGCAAAGGUGGUCUCUGAUGUCGAACAAGCCAAAGACGAGAAGGAUCAAGGACCUUUUGGACCUCUGGCUGAUAUCCAUAACAUUGAAGUGACUACAAAACUAGAGAAGACUGAUUGGGCAAAAGAACCAGCUUACAAAUCCAUGCAGAAGGAAGCAAAAGAGGAUUCUGAUGAGUCCAGAGACAGCACGCCUGAGCCAGAUGAGGAAGAGAAGAAAAUAUCUCCAGUCUCUGGCGGAAAGACUGCGCUGCCUCCUCCUCCUCCUCUUCCUCCUUCUCAAGCAAAACCCAUCGAUACCCAAGUAGAGGAGAUCAAGAAACAGGCCAGCCCUGCCAAAGAAUCUAGCGGUGAGGACCUCAACUUCUUGCCAACUGCCUACAUCUGGGAAAAACCAGAGAAAGAUGCUGAAAAAACACAACAAACUCUGGAAAAAUCAUGUGCAGACUUUGAAAACUUGCCUCCGGCAUAUACUGAAGUAGGAACCGCCACCGCCACCUCCUCUUCCUCUUCUCCACCGAGCUACGCCAGCUUUAAGUUUGACACUGAAGAGCUACUCAAAAGCCAGCAGCCUGCCACUGCAAAAGUGCCAGGUCUGAUCUGGGGUGUAGACUCGGAACCAGUGGAAAACAUUGACGCGGACAGUUCUGGGGAGUCCGAUGACACCGUGAUCGAGGAUGUGUCGGUAGUGACAGAGCGAGAACCAGCUGUUCCCAAAUCCACUGCGACCGUGAAAGAUCCAGAAGAGAUGAAGCAGGAAGUAGCUCCUGCUAAGCUGGAGAAGCCCCUCUUGGUCCCUAUCAUCAACGUUAUUGAAACAGAGGAGCAGAUCGUCAGUGAUGACGAGAGUGAUGAGCAAGCUUCCGCGGUGGUCCUGGAACCUGCAGACAGAGCUGGAAAUGACAGCACCACUCCUCCCGCUGAUACUACAUCACAGGACUCCAAACCUGCCGGUCCUGUCCUAGGGAAAGAGGAUUCUCAACCCACGGCAGCUGAAUCGGAAACCGAGAAGCCAAAGCAGGAUUCAGAACCAGUCCUAGAUGAUUCUGAAAUCAAGAGCCUUACCCAGGACUCAGAAAGUAUCUUCGCUGAUUCCGUUAUGGAGACACAGGAUCCCAAACCAGUCCUAGCUGAUCCUAACAUUGAGAAACCCUCAUCUGUUCUAGCUGAUUUUGCAAAAGAGAAACCUACACAGGACCAAAAACCUAUCCUGUUUGAUCCUGAAACCAAGAAAUAUACACAAGACUCUCAAACUUCCUUAGAAGAUUCUAUAAUGGGGACACCAACACAGGAUCCCAAACCUAUCCUGUUUGAUUCUGAAACCAAGAUUUCUACACAAGACUCUAAAACUGUCUUCACCGAUUCUAUAAUGGAGAAACCAACACAGGAUCCCAAACCUAUCCUGUUUGAUUCUAAAAUCGAGAAGCCUUUUUCAACAGGGGAAAGUCUUCCGAGGGGAGGAGCUGUCAAAGCUGAUGCUUACGAAAAGGCAGUUCAGGAUCUUGGGGAAAUGGAAAAGGAAGAUCCCACCAAAAGGAUCCAGACAGUUCUUCAUGCAGAAACUGUAGAAGCCCAGCCGACCAGCAUUGAUGUUUCACAGGUUCCGUUCCACUACGCACAGGAUGUACCGACCAGUACCACCAGCACGGCCACCACCGUUCAAACCAAAGCAGAGGAGCCUGUGGUGACCAGUGAAGAAGCAGCUAAACACCUCCCCAAGAUCUCCUUCCCUUCUAGAAAGCCAGAAGACCUCUUGCCCAGAGCAGGACCGCCAGACCAAUCUCCCACUCAGAGCAUCACACCUGCCAUCCCAAAAGAAAUGGCAAGCCGUGGAGGAGCAGAGAUCACGAUGCCUGUGUUCAAGGAAGAGCCGUCGCGUGCAGAGGAUUCUCCUGACAGCACCAGUGACCCGGAAAGCAUCGAACCGGAGUGCUCAGUCUCUGCGGCCACCGACAGCUUUGUGGAUUUCAUGAGGGAAUGCCUCAAGUCCCGGCAAGACGAGUCGCCAGAAGACCUCAGCCAUGAUUUUACAGCCAAGGUUUCAACCACAGCGGCCGUGGCGGGCUCCAGGCCACCCCAAGCAGCGCCAACCAUGGUCCUGGAUUUUGAGCAAGAGCAGCUCACCAUUAAGGCCCUCAAGGAACUAGGAGAGAGCUUAGAAGAGGAGGAGGAGGAGAUGGAAGCUAGAAACAGCCCUGCAUCUAAACCUGGUGCCCAAAAGCUGCUGCUGUCAUCACAAGCUGCCCCAGAAUCCUUCUCAAAGCAGCAGACCGCCAGCUCUCCCAUUCGGUCCCACCCAGAGGUGGCUGAGAUAUCUCCCUCAGGGGCUCCUAGAGAGGUAGAGGAGGCUUCUACAGAUGAUAACCAGAGGGCUGCAGCCGCGGCAGCGCUUGCAGAGCAUGCAUUAGCAGCUUUACUAACCCAGGCGUCAGUGCGGGAGCUCAUCUACUGGCGGGAUGUGAAGAUGUCGGGCACCGUGUUCGGGGUCACCCUGCUGCUGCUGCUCUCCCUGGCUGCCUUCAGUGUGGUCAGCGUGCUCUCCUACCUGCUCCUGGCUCUGCUCAUCGUUACCAUCUCCUUCCGCGUCUUCAAGAGCGUGGUGCAGGCAGUGCAGAAAUCAGACGAGGGGCAUCCCUUCAGGGCCUACAUGGAGAAGGACAUCAGUCUGUCCUCCGAGUCCUUCAGCCACUAUGUGGACACGGGCCUCAGACAUGGCAACUGUGUCCUCAAACAACUGAGUCGUCUCUUUCUGGUGGAGGACCUGGUCGACUCCCUCAAGCUGGCAGUGUUCAUGUGGUUGAUGACCUAUGUUGGCGCAGUCUUCAAUGGCAUCACGCUUCUCAUCAUAGCUCACAUUCUGGUGUUCAGCAUCCCUGUUGUGUAUGAGAAGUACAAGACUCCGAUCGAUCGCUAUGUUGGAAUUGUACACAAUCAAGUCAAGUCAGUCGUUUCAAAGGUCCAGGCUAAAGUCCCGGGUUUGUCGAAACACAAGCCUGAAUAAACCCUGCGCCCCUCCCCAGCCCCCCCCCCCCUCUCUCCUCAACCCGUGGUCUGCACUGAAUCUCAAGCUACUUCAUAAUCAAUGUAACCGUGUAACUACACUAGGCAAGCACAGCUCCGCUCCGUUCCAGCUAGACAUCCGUUUGUUUUUUGCAACAGAUCAAAUCUUAAUGUAUGGAAACAAGCAAGCAGGCACUGAACUAAAGGGUGUUUGUAGCGAACGAGACUAAAUCUGUGACCUGGCGUUGAUGUGGAGUGAAAGCCAUUGCACUGGGAGGUUGUGUUGGGGAAACGCUAUUGAGGUAUUCUUUCAAUGAACAAAAAAAAAAAACAUUGUAGGUCAAUAUUAUUAGGAUUAAAUAUAAAGGAGUCCAGAAGAAAGGUUCUAACAGUUCUUCUUCUUUUUAAUUAUUAUUAUUGUUAAGUAAUCAUGUAUGUAUUUUUUUUUUCUUUUUUUGGCACGGGGUUUGAGUUGAGGGGUUUGAAAGAAUUCAUUUCUAAAUUAACUAACACACUGUCGCUAUGCUGAGGGGGGGCGUUAAUUGGUGUUGCUAUGGAAGUCGCAUCGCACUGACAGGAAGUCGUAACCUGCUGAAGUAUUUUUUAUAUUCCGUCUCGGCUGAGGGAAAUGUGAAUUCAGUUUCCUCCCCUCAGCACUGUCUGUUUGUAAAGAAGCCCUGGGGGUGUAGAACCAGCAGUGAUCAUUUUAUCUAGUUCACCUGGAUAAGUAGGGACAUGGCCUGUGUCCUCAAAAUGUCAGUUUUGUCAGAUUUUCCUACCUUUUGUGGGGACUUUUUUUGACCCAGUAAGCUUCACAACCCUGUUCACCAAUAGAACUCCCCCAGCCAUCCCCUUCUGGUUCGUGGUUCUUGACGGUGGAGAAUAUAUUGCUUCACUUAGACCCCAGCUCGCUAAACAGCUCUGCAUCCCUGAAUGGGUAAUCGUCCACUCCUUUAAAAAUAUCCGGCACUGACAACAACGUCGUCUACCGACCACUUUUGGAGGCUGUUUCACGUGAAGAUGUUUAGUUGCAGUUGUUCCUCGAACAGAACUUUUGUAUCAUGCAGGCCAGAUGCGUUAUUCAACACCCACUGUACCCGGGAGACGUGUGUGUCUCAUUUAGAAGGGAAUGUAAUGGGGGUGGCACGGCCACGUUCAUUUGACUCCUGAGGGUUUAUUCAAAAUGGAUAUUGGUUUUGAAUUUUAAAAGAAAAUGAAAACCUAAAAAAAAAAAAAAAAAAUCACGUUUUGUCCCAUCAACAGAAGGGUCUUUUUACCACACGCCACAGUUCAGGAUGAUGUCAGUGGAGUUUAUUAACAGCAGAAUAUUUUGCUCCAUUAGAAACUGUUCCCGCUGCAGAAGAUGACGUUCCUCCUGUACCAUUCGCUUGUGCAUGUGACAAGUAUUAAAGUAAACCACACAGGUAGAGUAAUAAUAAUAAUAAUCUAGAUGUAAUCAUUUGCUUAGUCCUUGGAGGGAGUGGGUGUAGGUAGAUGUACAGCAGUAUGAUUCUUGGGUAGCCUUUUUUUUCAUUUAUUUGUGAUUUGGUGAUGUCACAACACCAGGUGACCUCCUCUCUUGGUUACUAAUUUGCAAACCGCUUCUUAAAAUAACACGUCGGUGAGAAUGGAGAAUAUAGGGACCCCCCCGUUUGCAGUUGGUAUUUGUAUAUAUUUAAGCACGUUUUGUUAAAAUAUAUUUCCUUUAUUGGCAAAUGGUAAAGUUUAUCUUUUUCAUGCUUUUUGGCCAAAUCGGGUGACACGAAUUUCCUUUGGGGGGGGGGGGGGGGGAUAAAUAAACAUUGUGUCUUGGUUUCAAUGAAGAGGUAGAAACACUUAUUUCAGAGUGUGCUUUAUAGAAGGUUUUAUAUAUUUUUCUUUGUCCUUUUUUAAAUUCGCACAGCUUUCAUUGUGUUGGAACAGCCCUGUGUUUAAUUUUCACACGUUGAAAGAUGAGAAACUAUUUGAACCAGACUUGAUUACUAAAUAUAUUGAUCUCCCACAAUAGCCAAUUUUUCAAAAACAUACUUUAUAUAAUCGCCUUGUAUAAUAACGUGGGGUGUCACGAUGCUGAACAAAACGGUACAAGGUUGUCUGUCUCGUUCGUUCUUUCUUUUUAUGAUUAAUUCUCCCAAGUACUGACCAGAGUCACGCAUACAGGCCCCAGGACUCAAGAAUAACAUUAUUUAGUUGCUGCUUUCUUCAGUGACAGUGUGCAGAAUUAUUUUUAGUUUAUCCUUUUUGUUUUGCUUUGUUUUUUUGGUAGAGAUCUGUAUACUAAAUAAAGCUCUGUUUGUGUUAGGCGUACAUUUAGUAAUUUAAGAGCUUUUAAAGAAGCGAAAAUACUUGGUUCCUAUGCUGACGUCAAUGUGAUAUUAAUAAAAAAAAAUGACGACAAACGAG